CCCGUGGCAAUGAACUAUAUACGUGUCCCAUCAGAACAAGCUGUAGCCCAAGUAUCUCAGUUGUGAGCACUCCAACAGAGCAAAGAAUCUGCUACCACCUUGUUGGGUACUGACGAUAAAUGGCUUCUUCUACUCUUUCCUUUGGAUGGAGAUGUCCAGGAAGGAGACUCAGAGAUUUUAUGAUGGUUCUUUUAUUCCUGACCUGUUUUUGGGGUAUAGCUUGGAGCACCGAGACUCCAGAGGCAGACCAGCCUGAUAUCCGGCUUGUGAAUGGUUCAAGUCGCUGCAGUGGGAGAGUUGAGGUGCUCCAUAACGGGGUGUGGGGCACAGUUUGUGAUGACAGCUGGGGCAUGGAAGAAGCCCGAGUCGUCUGCCGGCAGCUGGGUUGUGCAACCGCAGUAACUGCGCCACGUAAUGGAUAUUUUGGAAAAGGCGAUGGCCGCAUUUGGCUGGAUGAACUCCGGUGCACAGGGACUGAAUCAGCCCUCAGUCAAUGCCCAUCAAGGCCUUGGGGAGAAAAUGACUGUCACCAUGGAGAAGAUGCUGGUGUUGUGUGCUCAGAGGUGCGGCUGAUGGGUGGUUCAACUCCUUGUACUGGCAGGAUUGAGAUACUCCAUAACCAAAGAUGGGGAACUGUAUGUGACAAUGGCUGGGACUUAAAUGAUGCCCAUGUUGUGUGCCGGGAAGUUGGCUGUGGAGCUGCCUUGGCAGCAACUACUGCGGCGAAAUUUGGACAAGGUUCUGGUCCUGUCUGGAUGGAUCAAGUGAACUGCACGGGGGAAGAGGACACCCUCAGGAAAUGCCCACCGAAAAUCUUGGCGGAGCACAGAUGUGACCAUAACAAGGAUGCGGGUGUGGAAUGCACAGAACCGCCUGAGAUCAGAUUAACAAACGGCCCCAGCAAAUGUUCUGGAAGAGUAGAGAUACUUCAUGAGAAACUUUGGGGAACUAUUUGCGAUGAUGACUGGGAUCUUGAGGACGCCCAGGUUGUUUGUCAGUAUUUAGGCUGCGGAACAGCUCUCUCGGCUCCACGAGGUUCUCGCUUUGGCCAAGGAACAGGUCCGAUCUGGUUGGAUGGCGUUAAUUGCACAGGGACCGAGAAAGCAAUCAGCAAAUGUCCAGCAAAAGAAUGGGGACAACAUGACUGUACCCAUUCAGAAGAUGCUGGUGUUACAUGUGCAGAACUACGUCUAGUGGGUGGCUUAAAUCGCUGUUCAGGAAGGGUUGAGGUGUAUCACAACCAGCAAUGGGGCACCAUUUGUGACAGCAAUUGGGACUUAAAUGAUGCCCAGGUGGUGUGCAGAGAACUGGACUGUGGAUCAGCUACAAAGGCAACUGGAGGAUCACGAUUUGGACAAGGAUCUGAUAUCAUAUGGUUAGACCAAGUGAACUGCACAGGAAAAGAAGCCUUUUUGAGUGAAUGCCAAAAAAGGCCCUGGGGACAGCACAGCUGCAGCCACCGUGGGGAAGCAAGUGUGGAGUGUUCAGACCCAAAUGAAGUCAGACUGGUGAACGGAACAAGCCGCUGCACUGGGAGAGUUGAGGUGCUCCACAACCAGCAGUGGGGGACAGUAUGUGAUGAUGGCUGGGAUCUGACCAGUGCCCAGGUUGUGUGUAGGGAACUUGGCUGUGGUGUUGCCUUAUCUGCCCCAAGAGGAGCCAGCUUUGGAAGAGGAGCUGAUCCUAUCUGGCUGGAUGAUGUCAAAUGUAAAGGGACAGAAGCUGCUCUCAGGGACUGCCGUCUUAAAGCUUGGGGAGAACAUAAUUGCAACCAUGGAGAAGAUGCUGGUGCUGUUUGUUCAGAACUCCGGCUGGCAAACGGCACAAGUCGCUGCUCAGGGAGAGUGGAAAUAUUCUAUAACCAGCAAUGGGGGACUGUAUGCGAUGACCGUUGGGGCUCUAAACAGGCGGAAGUUGUCUGCAGGGAGCUGGGCUGUGGUGUCCCUUUGAAAGCUCACACAAAAGCAUUCUAUGGACAGGGGACAGGGCCUAUCUGGCUGGAUGAUGUAAACUGCCAAGGAACAGAAACAUCCCUUAAAGACUGCUCAGCAAGCAGCUGGGGACACAACAACUGCAACCAUGGAGAAGAUGCUGGUGUCGAGUGUGCGGACCCAGUGGAGUUGAGGUUGGUCAAUGGCUCACAUCGGUGUGCUGGGAGAGUGGAGGUCUUUCACCUGCACCAGUAUGGGACUGUGUGCGAUGACAGCUGGGACAUAAAUGAGGCCGUGGUUGUGUGCCGGUACCUUGGUUGUGGAACGGCCAUUUCCGCCCCCCGUGGGGCUCGGUUUGGACGUGGAGCUGAUCCCAUCUGGAUGGACGAUGUGGAAUGUACAGGAACAGAAACAUCUCUCUCUUCUUGCACGGCAAAGCCUUGGGGAAGCAACGAUUGUAAUCAUGGAGAGGAUGCUGGUGUUAUAUGCUCAGAGAAUGUCAGGUUGGUCAACGGCUCAAAUCGCUGCAGUGGGAGAGUUGAGAUCCGAUCACCUCACAAUGAUCAAUGGGGAACGAUAUACGACCGAACUUGGGAUUUAACUGCUGCUUCAAUUCUGUGCGGUCAACUGGGAUGUGGAGUUGCUUCAUCAGCCCCAGGUGGAGCUCAUUUUGGACCUGGAUCAGGCUCCGUCUGUUUUGAUGACAUCAGCUGCAAAGGCACCGAAGAUACCCUGCACGAGUGCAAUAUAAACUUUCAGGGGACAAAUAACUGCAACCACAGACAUGAUGCAGGAGUCAUUUGUUCAGCUUCACCUACUCUGAAUGUGGGGAAUAUCAGACUACAAGAUGGUCCACAUUCUUGUGCCGGAAGACUUGAGGUUUUCCACCAGCAGCAGUGGGGAACUGUGUGCGACGACGGAUGGGGAUUGCCAGAUGCCACUGUUGUCUGUAGGCAGCUGGGCUGCGGCAUUGCUUUGGAGGCCCCGCACGGAGCACAUUUUGGACGUGGUCUGGGCUCCAUUGUUCUGGAUGAUGUAAACUGCACAGGGUCGGAAAAAGCCCUCAAAGAGUGUGGUGGCCGGACUGUAGGAGAACACGACUGUGAUCAUGCAGAAGAUGCAAGUGUGGUAUGCUCAGGCCAACUUGAGAUCCGAUUGGCCAGUGGACCCAAUUCUUGCAGUGGCCGGGUGGAGUUCAAUCACAAUGGCUCUUGGGUCUCAAUUGGUGACUCUGGCUGGAAACUCCCACAAGCCACAGUGGUGUGUCGACAGCUGGGUUGUGGUGCAGCGUUGUCUGCACCAGUAGGCAAUAAAUAUGGCAUGGGUGUUGGCCCAGCUUUUCUGGAUGAAGUGGAGUGUUCUGGAUCAGAGUUGAGUUUGAUUGAAUGCAAGGCUGUGCCGACAGGACCCCAUAAGUGCAUCUGCGGCUCCUACGCAGGAGCAGAGUGUGCAGGAUCAUCAGGUUCUGGUAGAAUCGCUGCAGUGAUUCUAGGUGUUUUAGCCAUCAUCGUAAUUAUUGUUGGAGUUCUGUUUUACAUGAGGAAAAAGAGAGGGAAAUCGUUUGCUGUGAAUCCCUUUGCUCACAGAAGAGAAGGAUUCAUGGAAAAUAUCACAGUAGGAUCAGAUAUGGUAAACGGCAUUCGGGAAAUGUAUAUGCGGGGAAAAGAACAAAUUGUACCUGAGGCAGACCGUGAAGAUGACACCAUUUGCUUGGUGAAAACCACCCCUGAGCCUUCUGCAGAGAAUACUGAAUGAGGAGGAUACUGUGAUGGCUCAGGUGCCAGGAAGAGACAAGAGACCAUAUCCAUGUCACCAGCUUUUUGUUGUUGUUGUUACGGGGAAUAUUUGGAAACUAAAUAUGUUUUUUUCCCUGAGAUCCUUGGAAACAUGCAGCUUCUGGGAGUAUGAAAAGAAAAUGAAUCUCAUUAAGCAGGGCAGAAGACAACCAAAAAGAAGUCCUUUGGAAUAUCUAUGAAGCUGAAGCUUUUGAGGGAUGGGUUUUUGGAAAUCCUGCUUCACAACUCUUGCCUUUCUUAUCAACCCUUACAUGCAACAAUGUGUGCUUCCCUGCAUACUUACAUACUGGCCUGCUAUAUUUGUAACAGAUCAUAUCUAUAUCUACUAAACACUAAGACCUAGAAAUCAUGCCUUCUACUGCUCUCCCAACUUGCAUACAGAAUUCGGUUCAAGGGGAAGCACUUUCAGACAAGAAAAGAUGUCUCCAUUUUAUAACUCAAUUAUUCCCAGGUCCACAUCCAAAUACGGACAGUCCCCAAGUUAUGAACAAGAGAGGUUCUGUAGAUUUGGCUUGUUGUGGAAAUAGAGAUUGGUGAUAAAGCAUCAGUUGAAACAUCUUUUCCCCAUAACUCUUUCAGGUUAUGGUGCCUGUAACAUUACUGAUUUACCCUUCUAUCAUGUUUGCCCAUAAAUUCCACUUUUGACUAUUUAUCAUUCACUUCUUUGACUCUCCUUCCAGAUACCCAAUUGCCCAUUUCGAUCUCUUUAGGAACUCUUCAUUUGCUCGCCAAGUUAUUGGAUAUCUUGGCCAGUUGCAUGUAAUCCAUUAGUUUUCCCCCCAAUCCUUUUUAGUUAACACAUUUCCCCUUUCCAAUCCCUAACAAUUAUCAUUCUUGUUGCCGCAAAACUGUUUUGGGCUAUUUCUUUAUCAUCCUGAUGGGAGCCUUCCCUAAAUAAGCCCAGCAGACACAUCCCUGAUUUUCUUUUGACCUUAUUGAUCAACAAUUUAUUUGUUUCCUUAAUUACUUUACUUCAAAAUCCUCAAACUUUCUCACCUGACCAACACAUAUGAAAGAAAGUUCCUCUCUGCAUUUUACAUCUCCAGCACCGAUGUCGUUGAGAUUUAUCUAUUUUUGCGAGCAGGACUGGUGUUGUAUAACUUCUAUAAAACAUUUUGUAUAAGUUUUCCCUAAUUGACCCCGCAAUUGUAAAGUUGAAUUCUUUCUUCCAGAGUAGUUCCCAGGUUUCUAAAUCUGUAACUCUCCCUAGGUCUGUAGCCCAAAUGAUCAUUCUUGAUUCUACCCUAUUGUCUUCUAGGUUUUAGUAAAUAUUUGUAAAGUCUGGAGAUUAAUCCUUUGCUCCCUUUUCCCAGUUUACUUUCUAAUUUUGAUUUUCUGAUUGCAAAACCAACCCCGGCAUCCUUUGUAAAUCUUGCAUGGACUUGAUGAUAAUGGAACCAAAAAUUAAUGCCUGUUGUUUCUUCCUUUUAAUUUCCAUUGGUCUUUUUCCUUCGUUAGAUACACUCUGCAUGUUCUGAUUUCUUUCCUUGAGGUUGGCCUCAGUAUUGCUUCUAAUGGCCUUAGCCAUAGAGGUGUUUUGGGUUCUAUACCAUAUUUAUAUCUUUUCCAUGUUUCUAAGACACUUCCCCUGAUUAUAUGUCUCACCCCAUUCUUAACUAUGAGUAAUUUGUAAAUUGGUUGAUUGUAGCUCGGGGACUGCCUGUAUUAGGAACUUUGGAGAUUUUUUUUCCGUGUCAGGAGCGACUUGAGAAACUGCAAGUCGCUUCUGGUGUGAGAGAGAAUUGGCCAUCUGCAAGGAUGUUGCCCAGGGGACGCCCGGAUGUUUUUGAUGUUUUUAUCAUCCUUGUGGGAGGCUUCUCUCAUGUCCCCGCAUGGAGCUGGAGCUGAUAGAGGGAGCUCAUCCGCGCUCUCCCUAGGUGGGAUUCAAACCUGGCAGCUUUCAGAUCAACUUUGGAGAUGACUUUUAAGUACUAUGUAGCUAUAACUUCAUGCUAUAUUACUGAUGUGCUUCAUUCUAAGUAAACAUGUCACACAUCUAGUCAAGAACAUUGUUUGAUAAGAAACAUUUUUGUAAUUGCUUACUGAUUAAAUAUUGAUGCUAAGCUAAUAACAUAUUAAUCUAUUACAGCCAAUACUUGCUCAUGUCUACAGAGAAGAAAAUUCAAUUAACCUUAUUUCCUAACAGGUAUAAUUAAGAUUAAAGGCUCAAAAUUGGGGAGAUGGUGGCGGGUUAUAAAUAAAGUUUUAUUAUUAUUAUUAUUAAAAUGUGGACAAAAAUGGAUCAAUUCCCACUUUUUUUGAAUUCAGGCGGUUAGUAUCCUAAGUCACUCUUCCUUCUAUAUCAGUGGUUCUCAACCUGUGGGUCCCCAGAUGUUUUUGGCCUUCAACUCCCAGAAAUCCUAACAGCUGGUAAACUGGCUGGGAUUUCAGGGAGUUGUAGGCCAAAACACCUGGGGACCCACAGGUUGAGAACCACUGAUUAUAUCAUAAAGAGGAGCAGCAAGCUGGCACAUUCAUAGCAAGCCACUAUUGAAUAUACAUUGUAGGCUGUAUAUAGGCAUGCAGUAGAAAGACAACUCUACUCGCCAUACAUUUCCAGAUGUACAGUCUUCUUUUGUGGCUUAAAUUUAUGGCAAUUUGUUCUGGAUUAGAAGAGAAACUGAAUUCACACAGCACUAAUUGGUCAGCCUUUAUAACAGUCAUAAAGCAAACAUCUUCUCAUGAAGCUGGAAUGUUCAGCGUUGAUGGCUCUUGUGUUUUGUUAUGGCAAAACUACUGUCCUCCCCUAGCAGAGAUCCCAUAGUUCAAAUAAUAAUAAACAAUGAAAAAAUAAAAAACUCUACAAACAACUAAUCACUGAA